AUGCGUGUCACCACCAUCCUCCCCAUCCUCACCUCCGCCCUUGCGGCUGCGAGCAGAUUAAAUGUCACGGUCCUGAGCGCACAAAACAACGCUUCGACACUCGAAUGCUGGGCCCUAGAACCAGGCUUCACGACCUCGUCUGAGGCCGGUACAUCUGGCUCCAAGAGUCUGAACCUAGGCCCCCUUGGUGGAAAGACUGCGGGUAAUUCCACGUACACGAUUAUCCCGGGGAACUUCGACGGUGGAAGACAUAAUGCGCCAUUGAAGCAAUGGGUUGUCUUCAUGUCUGGGCUAGCAAAUAUCACCCUCCCCAACUCCAAAACUCAUGCUUUGGUCCACGGUGGGAAGAACGACGCCAUCCUGGCGCUUGAUACAGCUGAUGUCAGCGGUCUUGGCCAUAUCACGAAGUAUCCAUCCGAUGAGUCGACAAUUACAUUGGAGAUUCCGUUAGGUGAGGAGGGGAUUCCUGGGCAUGUUGUUUUGCAUUCCGGGGCUUGUGAAGGGGUUGAGCUUUUGGAGUAG